CCUCAGCUUUCACGAACUCUAAUCCUCUCUGCUAUAGCAGCUACCAUAGAAAGCGAGAAAGAGAGUGAGACAGCGAGCGAGUGAUUGAGAGAUGGUUUCGCUGAAGCUCCAGAAACGUCUCGCAGCGAGUGUUCUCAAGUGCGGUCGAGGCAAGGUCUGGAUCGACCCAAAUGAAGUCAAUGAAAUCUCCAUGGCCAACUCUCGCCAAAAUAUAAGAAAGCUGGUAAAGGAUGGUUUCAUCAUCAGAAAGCCAACCAAGAUUCACUCACGUUCUCGGGCUCGCCGCAUGAAGGUGGCUAAGAGGAAGGGACGCCAUUCUGGAUAUGGUAAGCGUAAGGGUACGAGGGAGGCAAGGUUGCCCACCAAAGUGCUAUGGAUGAGGAGAAUGCGUGUGCUCAGGCGCUUACUCCGAAAGUACAGGGAAUCGAAGAAGAUUGACAAGCACAUGUACCAUGACAUGUACAUGAAGGUGAAGGGUAAUGUUUUCAAGAACAAGCGUGUCCUGAUGGAGAGCAUUCACAAGUCCAAGGCUGAGAAGGCGAGAGAGAAGACUUUGUCUGAUCAAUUUGAGGCAAAGCGGGCAAAGAACAAGGCCAGCAGGGAGAGAAAAUUUGCUAGAAGGGAGGAGCGAUUGGCCCAGGGACCGGGAGAAAAACCUGCUGCGGCUCCACCAGCUUCUACGCCUGUCACUGCUUCUCAACCUACUCAGACAACUAAGAAAUCCAAGAAGUGAGACCGAAAUGAAGAGCACCGAAGGAUGUAUGACACUCGAUGGCCCAUGUGUCCUCGCUUACCGGUCUAGAGUAGUUUUGACGAGUCUGUUUGCUAUUUGUUUGUUUUGGAACUUAGUUUAUAUCCUAGAUACAAGGAGACUUGAUGCUUUGGUACUUAGUUUAAUUAAUGCUUACUUUAUUA